AUGAAUAUAGUCACAGAGCCGGAGACAUCAUCUCCACCUUUCCACGAGAGCACCACCACCUUGCAAACAGAAAUUUUUGAACAAUUAAGGACAUAUCCAUUCACAAAGGACCGUGAAUUUGCAACGGGUCUUGCGAUAAUACUCGGACAUCCCGAAACACCCGCAUCGGAAGGGGAGAUAACCCGCAAUGAUGAUUUGGUUCUACAAGCGAAGUGUUAUUACUUUACCAGGAAGAAGAACCUUACGUCGCCGGUGAAUAUUGCGACCUUCAAAUCUUGGCUUGACGCAAGGCCGACACCCAGCAAUUCCCUGGAAGAAUCUCAAGAAAAUGAUUCUUUCACAGUAUCUGAGGUAUCAUCUUCUGAGCAUAUAGAUCAAGUAUCAAAACCCACCUCACAAGAACCAACCUAUCCCACUUCCUUUACUCAUAUAGUCGAGCUUAUCACCACCGGCCAGCCUAUCCCAGGGAUCCAAGAGAUACCGGAUACUCUUUUGACGGGUCAGGGUGCCCCAAGUGCGAAGCCAAGGAGAUUAAAACCCUGGGAGAAUGAGAAAACCACCUAG